AUGACGUCGUCCCGCGACAUAGAACGAGCUCCAGAGCUUUUUCGGUGUGCUAUGUAUACUAUGUAUGCCUUAGCCUUUCUUUACCUUUAAGUUGGGCAUUUUUCAGUACCUUUUUGACCCGCAACCUUAAAUAGACUCUUUAUCCCCCCCUCUUUCUUCCCUCUAGCUCGUACUUUCUAUCUCUAUCGACUUUCUUCAGACGGAGUACAACAGUAUCAUCAUCAUCACCACCAUCAUCAACCGCGAGAAUACCCCUCAGCUUUUUGAAAGACUCUACUUACUACUACCUAUAUAUCAAGUCUACAUCAUCAACAACAAACUCAGCUUCGUAACCAUGACCGCAGAAGUAUGCCCCGUCGUCGGAACGACAAACCACACUCUACCCCCUUCCCACCCCGAGAUCGACCUCUCCAAGCCCGGCCAGACGUGCCCCGUCGUCGGCGCUAAGACGGAGCACCACGCGAAGCUGCACCAGCACCCCUCCGUCCCCAAGGAGGAGGUCUCCUCCGCCACGACCAAGUCCGUCGGCUCGGCCGACGCCCAGGCCUGCCCCGCGCUGAAAAGCGUCGUCAACGACCCCAAGAGCCAGGAGAUGGACGACCGCGUAUGCCCCGUCGUCGGCCCCGUAACCACCGUCCUGCCCCCGGACCACCCCAGUACGGCCGACAAGGCCGACGGAGACGUGUGCCCCGUCACGAAAGCCAAGGUCGGCCACCACAAGGACAAGGUCGUCGGCCACCCCCCGGUCGAGGGAUCGUCGGGGGUCUGUCCCGUGACGGGGGCGAAGCAGGCCUGAAAUCCCUACCAUACCUACCUUAGGUACCUACCUAGGUACCUAACCUAUAUAUCAAGCAUGCUUGCUUUUAUUUACAGGUGAAAUUGAUUCCAUCUAAUCUGCACACACACGGCGUCAUUCGGUUAGGUGGCAGGAGAAACUUGGUCUUGUUUUGCACGUUUACGUGUUUACCCCGGCGGUAGGCUGUCCUACUAGAUUAUAGAUACCUACCUUAGGUUGUCAUAUUAUAAGACGACUAUAAGCUGCGAUGAAAUAUACCUAUACGAAACACAACACAAAGAAGCACGGAAAGGGGUAAAUAUAUGAGCAUCAGUUUGUUUCAAAAAAAUUCCGCGAUUGUACCCUUGUAAUUAGUGAACUCUGAGAUGGGACAUUUGACUACAGUUACUUACGGAUAAUUUGACACUAUUAAGAUAAGAAA